AUGUCUUUCAGAAUAAUAUCAGUGUGGAAUCUCUUCCUGUGUCUUAGUUUCUUCGAGUUAGCAACAGCUAUCGGUGGAGGAUACCAGCUGGAGAUCAAUCAUCCAGAUGGAUCGGCGUUUCGACGUGAAACGGUGGUCGAGGACGCUGGGGGAAAUUCUCAGGUCGAGGGCGAAGUCCGACAAAUGUUCCCUGCGCCUCAUGAAGGAUCGUUAGUUGUCUUCUACAAAACCGGAUCCGAGGGAUAUCGAAUACGUUAUUCGUAUGAGGCACGCAGAGAGAAUUCUUUGCAGCCUAUUUUAGCAAAAAACGAUACAUUGCCUAUAAAAAGAAUCGGAGUAAACGCUCUGAAGUCGACAGCAGGUUAA